UGCUCCGGCGGAGGGAUACAGCGCGCCGUAUAAAAAGCGCGCCGCGCAGCCUCACACCUACAGCAUUUUUGGCGAAGCGAGGAGGCAGCGAGAGCUGAGAGCAGCCGCCCGCCUUCGGCACCUUCGCCCGUGCACAGACAAGCGCCAUCACCAGCCGCAAUGGCCGAUCAGCUGACCGAAGAACAGAUUGCUGAGUUCAAGGAAGCCUUCUCUCUAUUUGACAAAGAUGGUGAUGGCACCAUCACAACAAAAGAACUUGGGACAGUCAUGAGGUCGCUGGGUCAAAACCCAACAGAAGCAGAGCUACAAGACAUGAUCAAUGAGGUAGAUGCUGAUGGCAAUGGCACUAUUGACUUCCCCGAGUUCUUGACCAUGAUGGCCCGAAAAAUGAAGGACACAGACAGCGAGGAAGAAAUUCGUGAGGCAUUCAGAGUCUUUGACAAGGAUGGCAAUGGUUACAUCAGUGCGGCAGAACUACGUCAUGUUAUGACAAACUUAGGAGAGAAGCUAACGGAUGAAGAAGUAGACGAAAUGAUCAGAGAAGCAGAUAUUGAUGGAGAUGGACAAGUCAACUAUGAAGAAUUCGUACAGAUGAUGACUGCAAAAUGAAGAGACUUCCUUUCACCUUUUUUUUCCUCUAGAAGAAUCAAAUUGAAUCUUUUACUUACCUCUUGCAAAAAAAAAAAAAUGUUCAUUUAUUCAUUCUGUUUCUGUAUAGCAAAACUGAAUGUCAAAAUACCUUCUGUCCACAAACUGCAUGUAAUGGUUGGUGGUCCUGUUCCCAAAAAAGAUCGAGUUAAACUUAUCAGUUUUUUCCAAUAUAAAUAAUUGUACUACCUUUUAAAAAUAAGAAAGCACUUAGUGAACUCCUCAAAGUUCCAUUUGCUAAUGACUAUUACACUGUUUGGGCUGGCCAGUUUUUCAUGCAUGCAGCUUGACAAUUGAGCACAGUCAGACGUUUGUAUUAAAACAGUUUUAAAAAAAAGAGAGGGGAAAAAAACACCAAAUCUUAAAAAAAAAAACAAAUAAAAAAAUCAUCCACUCUUUUGCCCAAAAGUGGAUUCUAGCUCAAUUUGUAGUUAUAAAAUUGUCAUAGCUGGUUUAUUUUCAAAUUGGUCUAUACCUCAGGAUGGUAUGCAGCAAAAAUAGUUGAAGGAUGCAAAAUGUUUAGAAGGAAUCCCCCCCCAAAGGUGGAAAAGAUUAUCCUGUAUGUAGAAGCAGUGUCCUCCCCACCCCCCCACCCCCAAAUGCAGCGGAGGUUAUGGGUGGCAUGUCUGUGUUAACAUUGGUUUUAAUAUUGUCUGCAUUGCACUAUUGUGAAACGGGUGUUGGGCUGUUACCGUUCACAAAACUUUUAUUUUUUAUUUAAAAAAAAGAGAACCUCCAUGAAGGGGCGGGAGCAUUUUUUGGACACACAACACUCUCUCUCUCUCUCUCUCUCUCUCUCUCUCUCUCUCUCUUUCUCUUCUCUCUCUCUCUCUCUCUUCUCUCUUUUGCAUUUUUAAAAAACCUUCCGUAAUGAGACUUGGAGCUGGCGAGGUAGCCUGUGGACUUCAGCACAACUAUCAACAUCGCUGUUCAAGAUAUUACAGUUAUGUCCAUUCCAAGUUGUAAAUGCUAGUCUUUUUUUCCAAUAAAAGACCAUUAACUUAAAGGUGGUGUUACAUGCUUCGUAAAAGCCGAAACUAUAUAUCUAUAUACGUACAUAUAUAUAAAUAAAUAAAUAAAUAAAUAAAUACAUAAAAUAUAUAUAUAUACAAUUUGAGAGACGAAACCAAAAAAUUUAAAUAAAGAAGGCAGUAGGAAGGGGAAAUAAAUGUGUUCUGUGAAUGACUUGCUGCUAAAUUAUAAUGCACAUGUAUGCAAUAACUUAACCCGUUUAACGUUUCUUCAAGAUGGCAAGAACUGACCUCUUGUAACCCAAGACCUUUGCUAUAAAUAAAUGAACUUGUGCUUGCCUUUCA